AUGAAUCGACCGAUUCGGGAAUUAAGUCAGAUUGACUCUGAUUCAUUAUGUACCGGAAAUGAGUCCUCAAAAAUACUGGACGAACUUGAGCUGCUAGAUGUAAGCCAGAGCACGCCAUCAGUGUCGUCGAAUGGCGAGGCGGAACUAGCGACUGCUAGUGUUUCAGCUAGUUUUAAUGACGGGAUCGGAACGAACGAAACCGAGCGUAGACAGGAAAAACAAAACAACGAGGAACACCCACCAUAUUCAUCUGAUACUGUGUUUUCUCCAAGCAUUUUAGCAGCGCUCUUGAAAAAUUCAGAGGAAGGGAAAGAUAUUUUGCGUAGAUCAACACUUGGCGAACUGAGCGAGGCCAAACAACUGGCAUUAGCUGGUAUUAUCGCAAAAUAUCAUCUGGCGACUAAGGAUCAACUUCGCGUGGAUGAUUUGGAGAGAUAUGCUUUGGCUAUAACCACAAUCUUUAAAUCGGAACGCAAGGAGAGUUAUUACAUUCCCCGAGGUGGAGACCGUCGUAAUCACGGCGGUAAAAUAAUAAAUAAAAUUGGAAAUUUAAAACAAAAGAAGAGAAAAAGCGACGCAAAGGAAGAACAUUUGAAAAAACUCAAAUCAGGCGAGUCAACAUGCGAUGCACCCUCCGACAGCAAACAAUCGAUUGAAGCAUAUGAAUGGUUAGCUUUGAAUGAUACGCCGUGGUCUACAGUACUUGACAAAUGGUCAAUAAGUUUUGAUUCGCGUAAAACGAUACUAGGAGACAAAAAGCUCGUCAAAAAAGCCUUAAGAUUGUAUGGGCAUUACAAAAAUUCGAAUGGUUUUCAGUUGAUUGAUAUUGAUUUUCGACUACUCACAUUGGAACUAGUGGAUUGCAAGUAUUAG